UCGGCCGGCGGCCUGCAUGCCGUGUGUUCAGGCUCCGCGCGCGCGCGGGAAAGACGAGCGGCGUGCCCGCGGCGUAACUCCGACUUGACAGCCGGCGGCUACCGGUUGCCGGUAGCGCUUGAUUCAACCCACGGCACCGGAGGCGGCCGGGGCCGCGGAUGCCGGCUCUGGGCCCCGGUGCCACUCGAAGUCGUGCGCUCAUACUGCGUCGUAGAUCCUCGUUGACUACCUGUGACUGCGUGCGUGGCCCAGCGCGUGCCCCGCGGAUCUCGCCGCCAGCGUUGCUGGCGGCCCACGUCAUGUGCGCACCGUGAAAAGGGCCCGCCUGAUCACCUGAGGGCGACCAUGCUGACGGCGGCGGUGACAUCGCUGCUGGUGGCGCUGCUGUCGCUGUCGUCCGCGCAGUACGCUGGCUACACGGACAACAGGAUCGACAGCGUGCCAACUCACCACCAGCAGCCGACUCAUCUGAUCGUGGCCUCCCGGUUGGUUCGGCCGGGUCAGACGUACCGAGUGUUGGUCACGCUUCUGCUGCAAAUGCCGGAGCCCAUCACCGUGGUUGCAUCAAUCCAGCGCAACGGUGUCGAUGUCACACACAACAGCCAGGAAUGCAGGGCUCCAAACCCCGAGGAGAUACUUCUCAAGGUACCCGCGACCAGCAUCUCAGGCAGCUACCGACUCAAGGUUGAGGGGAACAUCAACGGCGUCAUUGGCGGCACUGCCUUUUCGUACGAGACUGAACUUGAAUUCUCACAGCGCUCAAUGACCAUAUUUAUUCAGACGGACCGACCGCUCUACAUGCAAGGCCAGACGGUUCAUUUUCGUGCACUGCCAGUCACAACAGAGCUCAAGGCAUUCUCGGAUGCCGUUGACGUUUACAUGCUGAAUCCAAACCGGACCAUUGUUCGGCGUUGGCUUUCCAGGCGAACAAAUCUAGGUGCCGUGAGCCUAGAGUACCCAUUGUCUCCUCAACCUGACUAUGGAAAGUGGACAAUUCAAGUCAUUGCUCAGGGCCAAGUUGAAGAGAAGACAUUUGUUGUAGAAGAGUACUAUCAACUGAGAUUUGAAGUCAACGUCACACUGCCCACAUUCUUCAUGGCCACGCAAGAGUACAUUUACGGCACUGUUGUAGCCAACUUCACAAGUGGUGCUGCGGUCGCUGGAAACCUGACACUACGCGCGACUGUUGAGCCAAUCAAUCCAACUUACCGCAUUCACCGCAGCUCAUCUAGGUACAUAGAAAAGGUCUACCGUUAUUUCGAAGGAGUCCGGGACUUUGCGUUUUCCCUGCGUGAGCUGAGCCGUUUGGUCUCACGCCUUGACGGAAUGAAGGUUGUGGUCACCGCCCUGGUUGGGGAACGCUUCCUGGACCUCAUCGAGACGGGCUUCUCUGAGUCCUUAGUGUUCAACGCAAGCCUGCAGCUGCGUUUCUUAGGCUCGUCUCCGCAAGUGUUUCGCCCCGGAAUGCCCUUCAAGGCCUACGUGAGCGUGUCGUACAGCGACGGCUCUCCGCUGCCAGCCGAGUAUUUCCGCAACAAGCGUGUGGAAGAGAUGCUGCGCGUGACGCCGUCGGUGACGUACGUGAGUGGCGGAGCGGGCUCUGGUCAGCUUCAUGAGCCAGUGGCUUCCGCAGUGCCAGGCUCGCCGGGCAUCUGGGAGCUUAUGCUCGAGUCGACACCCGCCCUCAGUGAUCCGACAGCCGUCAACGCCGUGCGGGCUAUUCGCCUUGAGGCCGAGUUUUACGAUUCCAACUAUGGCCAUGUUCGUACAAGCCUUGUGGCCUACUCAUCCUAUUCACCCACAAACCAUCACUUGCAAAUCACAACUAGCACUAAGUUCCCAAAGGUUGGAGAAUACAUUAUUUUUCAUGUUCGCUCCAACUACUACGUCGAAUGGUUUUCGUACCUGAUCAUCUCGAAGGGCAUCAUCUUGCUAUCUGGUCAAGAAAAGAUGACUUCAAGCAUCAAGGCAUUUGCAGUAACUCUGUCCCCUGAGAUGGCACCGACGGCUACUGUAGUUAUCUAUGACUUGGCACGAGGCAGUGAAGUUGUCGCUGAAAGCCUGACUUUUCCUGUUGACGGCAUAUCCAAAGACAGGUUCAACAUGAGCCUCAACAACCGAAAGGAUAAGACGGGAGACACUAUUGAAGUAGCCAUCUAUGGAGACCCAGGAACAUACGUGGCACUGUCUGCUGUUGACCGCACUCUGUACAACAUGCAAGCAGGCACAGAGAUCAGUUACUCUGAGGUGCUAAGGAAAAUGAACUCAUUUGACAAUGUGAUCAAUGGCACAUUAACUCAGCAGUGGUUCUCAAGAAAUGGUAAUAGCUACAGCUAUGUGUGCUUCCCAUCAUCUACUUAUGGCCUUGACUCAAACAGGACAUUCGAGUUUGCAGGAUUGCUGGUCUUCAGUGAUUCUAACAUCACCCGCAUGAGAGACGACUGCAAUUCAACAGCAGGUUAUGGCACAUGUUAUGAUGGAGCCUGCUACCGCCUUGACCGACAGUGUGAUGGUUCCUUUGAUUGUGAAGAUGGCUCUGAUGAAGCAAGAUGUGAUGAUGAACAGCGGUUCAGCAUUACUAAGUUUGAAAUGUAUCGAACAAACAGAUACCAACGGUUGUAUUCAAAUGCAUGGCUUUGGAAGGACAUUAAUAUCGGGCCUUUGGGUUAUUACAUCUUCAACAUACCUGUGCCAGAUGUGCCAACAGAGUGGAUGAUCAGUGCAUUUGGAAUGGACGAUUCCAGUGGCUUUGGGAUUUUGUCUAACAGCAUCGAAUUUUCAAGUGCAAAGCCAUUUUACAUGAAUGUGGAAAUGCCAUCAAAGAUUCGCCUUGGAGAGCAGCUUGGUAUACGUGUAACUGUCUUCAACUACAGACUCUACGAAACUGAGGUACUUAUCACACUGGCUAGUUCUCCAGACUACAGGUUUGUCGUGGUGGGACCCUUGGGCCGAGUUAACUCCUAUGCACCAGAGACCUCAUCAGGGGAACACCAGCACUUGAUUUUCAUCAAACCUGGAAAAUCAGCAGUUGUAUAUAUGCCUAUAGUAGCAGUGCGCACUGGGACAAUUGAAGUCACUGUGCUUGCGAAGACUCAGAUUGCAAAAGACACGGUUACGCGUUCUCUUCUGGUUGAGCCUGAUGGCAUCCCCCAACAUCGGCACACCUCCUUAGUCCUGGAUUUGACUCAGGGCGCCUACUUAAUCAAGUACCUGGACACUAACAUAACUGAAACACCCAUCUUGCCUUUUCGGCAGGAUCGCUUGUAUGUGUUCGGCAGUAAUAGGGCCACCUUUUCUGUAGUUGGUGAUGUAGUUGGGCCAGCAUUCCCUACAAUGCCUGUCAAUGCCAGCAGCCUGUUGUCAAAGCCUUUCUACUGUGGGGAACAGAACAUGUUCAGCUUUGCUGCAAAUCUGUAUACGCUGCUGUACCUGCGAUUAACAAACCAACGUGAUAUGCAUCUGGAGAGGCAGGCAUUCAAGUAUCUGAAUCUUGGAUACCAGCGGCAGCUAACCUAUCAGAAUGAUGAUGGAAGCUUCCAGGUGUUUCGAUGGCACAGUCAACCAAGUGUUUGGCUGACAGCAUUUUGUGCACGAGUAUUCCACAAGGCAACAUUUCAAGAAUGGGAGCAGUUCUUGUACAUUGACCCCACUGUCAUUCAAAAAGCCAUUGCUUGGCUGCUGGACAGGCAGUCGCCCGAGGGUUCCUUCCACGAGACAUCAUUUUAUGCGUAUGAUCGCAAGAUGUCUCUCCCGUCUGAGAGGCCAGAAGACCCGGUGCGGUUUCGUAAUGUGUCUCUAACCGCCCACGUGCUCAUCACAUUGGCCGAAGUUAGGGAUAUCAGAGGCGAGAUCGGAUCGCGUGCAGCCACGGCUCGAGGCGCUGCUGCCCGGUACUUGGAACGCAUGCUGCACCUCAUCCAGAAGUUGGAGGACCCCUACGAAUUGGCCAUUGUAGCAUAUGCACUCACAUUGGUCAACAGCGCUGAUGGGGAAAUGGCCUUCAACCUCCUUGAUGAAAAGAUGAGGGAGACAAGUGGCAUGAGGUACUGGUCUCGUACUGAACUGCCUGCACCUACAGUGGUGAUAGAAAACAAUAAACCUUACCUGCACCCCCGACUUCCCUACAUUUAUGAUGCAUCCAAUGUGGAGACCACCGCCUAUGGCCUGCUGGUGCAUGUGGCACGGCAGGCAGUGGUUCAGAAGGAGAUUGUGGAAUGGCUGAAUACACAACGCCUCUCAUAUGGUGGUUGGGCCUCAACUCAGGACACACUUUUGGCAAUGCAAGCUCUGACAGAGUUUUCAAUCCUAUCUCGCUCACGUGAUGUCACUGACAUCAAAGUCACUGUGGAGGCCCCUUCAACACCAGGCUUCACACGAGAGCUUCACAUUGGGCAGGAAAACUUGUUUAAGUUGCAGACACUAUCGAUACCCAAUGCAUGGGGUGUAAUCAUUGUGAAAGCGCAAGGCACCGGGCUGGCCAUUGUCCAGCUGCACAUGGAGUACAAUGUAGACACUUGGAGGCAUUUGGUCACGCCCCCACCAGUGCCUGCAUUUGCACUGAACAUUCGCCAGUAUUCAUAUGGGAGGAACAGCUCCCAUGUGUCAUUUAGGUCGUGCCAAAGCUGGAUUCGUACUGAAGAGAGCCCCAGGAGUGGUAUGGCUGUGCUUGAAGUGAACUUGCCUUCGGGUUACUACAUUCAGCAGCAGACACUAGAUGCAUAUGUGCAGUCUGGAGCCGUACGCAACCUCCGAGAAGCUCGCUAUGAAGAGAAGAAGGCUGAAAUCUACUUUGACUAUCUUGACACAUCGCCCAUCUGUGUCAACUUUACUGCCCAACGCUGGUACCCAGUUGCCAACAUGACACGGUUCAUUUCAAUUCGUGUCUAUGACUAUUAUGCACCAGAGCGGUUCAACGAGACAAUGUUUGAAGUGUACAACUUGUAUGCACUCAGCAUAUGCCAUGUGUGUGGCUCCUACCAGUGCCCAUACUGCCCAGUGUUCAAUGCUGCACCUUCAUCUUUUCGCCUGAAUCAAGAGCAAGCUGUGCUGUCUGUGACUGUGCUUUUGACAGUGCUCUGGAGGCAUCUCUUGAAAGGGUAGCUGGCCGUUGUGGUGCUGUGACAGUUAUUUUUCUCAAGCAACAAGAACAAACUAUCACAAGGACAUUGCCACAGCAGCUGUGCAGUCUGCUUCAGUCAGGACUUCAUUGUGCAGCACGUUAUGGGUUUCCUGUUGAGGCUGGCUCCGCUAAGCCACAGCCUCACUUUCCUCGUGCUUUUUUUUUCCCCUCUCCUGCCAUCUGCCUGGUGCAUUCUGUUUGGAGGCAGGUUGAAUACUUGCCUUCAUCACUGAAAUGUGGUAUGGGGCUACUUCAGUUUGUGCUGUUGCAAGUGUAGACAGCAUAUUGCUUGGCUCAGCGAAGCUGCCCAUGGGAAAAGGCACCGGUCAGUCAACACAGUUUUUAUAGGCGCCUUUCCUGUCCAGUAGGUUUUUAAUUCUGGCAUACAGGUUUAUACUACACAAUUUUAUGUGGCCCUGUGCAGAAAUUGGCAGCUACUUGUGAUUCAUAGGUUCGUAAAUUUAAGCAUUCAUUUGCAUUUCAGCAUUUUUUCUUUUUCAUUCUUUUUUUCACUUGAUCAUCAGAACCAACUUUUACUUUAGCAUUCAUCUGUUGUGAACAUCUAGUAGUAGUCAUCAGAGUUUGACAUAUCUAAGCAAGAGUUUUGUGUGUAUGUGUUGAGUGCUUGUUUAUCUUUGCAUUCUUUUUCAUAUGCAGCAUUUUUUCCAAUCGUAAACUUCCAGCAGUGUUAUUGAACAUCCCAUCUGCUAGAGGGCGAUGAUGAUGGUGUUUAUUUUUUAUUUUUUUUAAGGACGGAGCAUUACACCCAAAAAAAGUAUUUAAAAUCGUGAAGUUUCGGCUCCCCCACGAGAGCCUUGUUCACAAUGAGUGAAAACCGGCACAAUGUGUGGUUUUUAUGUACGGCGCAUGACAUGAUUAAGGCAUCCAGCAUACAUGGGCAGAAGAUUGCUGUCGUUGCGAUAAAGCGUGUGCGACGUGGUUUGGAUAAUCAAUGACUCCAGAUAAAGAAGUGAAGAUAGAUUCUUCUCCUUGACAGUCACACGCGUUUUUCCCCAAUUGAUAGUAUGUGACGUAGUUGCGCAGUUCUAUGUCACAUAUUGUCGUAUUUGAUUGUUGUAGUUGUGUUCAUCCUUUCAUUUUGUUUUUGACAAUCUGAAAGCAAUAGUCAUCAUCUGUGUAAAAUUAAUCAACAUCACAGAAGGGACACUGUGAUUCAGGCGAUAAAAUGUUCACUGGAGGCAGGUCAAGUGUAUAGUCUCCGGUUUGUACAACAUUUUAUGUGAAGUAAAUUAUUCCUGUAUACAGUUUUCCCAUUGAUAAACUGAACAUUGUUGGUGCAGCAUUUUGCAAGGCCUGCACAAGUCGUACAGGUAUGUAUGUGCUUAGAAAUCAUUGCAGGUGUUAUAAUCUGAUGGAACCAGAGUUCCUGACAUGAAUAACUUAAACAGUCAUCGUUAUGGAAGUAUUGUUAGCAGCCUACCAUUGCAUCUGCCUACACUGUUGUUUGACAGUCUCUAAACAUGUUUGUUUUUUUCAGCGAACAACAACCCAAAUGUCACAACCUUUUGAGGAGGCUUUAGAAGAUGCUAGCCUUUCUUAAAAAAUUUCCCCAGAUUUGUUUUUCCUUCUUCAGUAAGAGCAGUCUUUGAAGGCUGCUGCAUUUCCUCGAAUGUUCUAUUCCUCGAAUGUUCCAUUCCUCAAAUGUGACACAUCUGCCAACUUGCUCACUUGUUACACUUGAUAAGUGCAUCUUACCAAAAAAGACAUGAAAGGCAUGCUGAAUCGGAGUGAAACAGUGUCGCAUUGCUGCACUGUUAAUAUAAACGUUGGCCUUGGGAAGCUGCAACAAGACAAGAAUGGGGGGGAGCAGGGUAUUGUUUGUUCGAAUGCCUCAUGGAACAACCAAGUCCUGCAGGACUACUUGGAGCAAUAACACAGGGCAGAUUUCACUGUGGCCUGAACAUGUUGUUGCUCUGUAUUAUUCAUCCUGCUGUCUUGCCAAAAAAAAAAAAAAAUGAUACUGUAAAUACAGAGAGAUAAACUGUGCUUGUACUUC